UUCCAUCGUCAUUUGUUGUAGACGCGUGAAGUGGAUGAGGUGGAGGGUAGGGUUGGGGACUAUGGGGGCGAGGGCGAGGUUGAUGGAAGGAAGGCGAGGAGAUUGAUCGCAGGUGGCGCUGAGAGCUGAUGCUCUGUGCUCUGAUGGGAGCGUAUUGGCAUUGGAUUCUGCGCAGCACGAGGGCAGGAGACAUGCCCGAAGAUGUUUUACUCGAACAUCUUCUUGCAUCUCGACUUGUUAAUUGCCCUCCUUCGACCUAUCCAGGCUCAAGUACGGAGCAUGCGCUAAGCGGCGUGCUGCCCUUCCGAGCAGCAUAUGUAAUCUCCACUUUCUCUUCUCAAUUUUUGUUGCAUCAUAAUGGGAUUAUAUUUCACUUCACUUACUUCAAUCACAAGUUGUAUGGUAUAAUCUCUCUGAAUUGAUUUCUCUAUCAAAAUCAUAUUGCAAGACCAUGCAAGCAAGCAGGAUCUUGCAAAUGCCAGGCGAACAUAAAUCCCAGCAAAAGUAACGCCGCAGUUGGUCCUUCAAUAUCCAGUCCCAGAGACUGCUAUCUCCAGCACUCAAGCCAU